AAACUCCCGAAGUUUUCCGCGGAUUCCAGCUAGAGUCAGAGCGGAUGGUGUGUUGUCAUGGUAAGGCAAACGCCGCGCUGUGAUUGGUCGGAGUUGUCGAGAGUGUUCUGGAAUACCCGCCGCUGCCAAUAAAAGAGCUCGGGCGUGAAGGAAACCUCCAAUCAAACGCGGAAAAGCUUAGCAGCAGUUUGGUGUUUUCCAGUAAGAAAGCUUCACAGGCUCGGAGUCAAAAAGACUAAAGUAUUUCCAACAAGAGUUGCAUAUUACAGUUGCAAGUAAGAAGAAUGUCUGCACCCAAAGGAGUUGCAAUUGGCAUCGACCUGGGCACCACCUACUCCUGUGUGGGAGUGUUCCAGCAUGGCAAAGUGGAGAUCAUCGCCAAUGACCAGGGAAACAGGACCACCCCCAGUUACGUGGCCUUCACUGACACUGAGAGGCUCAUUGGAGACGCUGCCAAGAACCAAGUGGCCAUGAACCCCAACAACACCAUUUUUGAUGCUAAGCGACUGAUUGGCAGAAAGUAUGAUGAUCACAUUGUCCAAUCGGACAUGAAGCUUUGGCCUUUCAAGGUGAUUAGUGAUGGAGGGAAGCCUAAAGUCCAAGUUGAAUACAAAGGUGAGAACAAGGCUUUCUACCCAGAAGAGAUCUCCUCCAUGGUUCUGACUAAGAUGAAAGAGAUUGCGGAGGCCUAUCUUGGGCAGAAAGUCACAAAUGCCGUCAUCACUGUACCUGCCUACUUUAACGACUCUCAGCGCCAGGCAACUAAAGAUGCAGGCAUCAUUGCUGGACUGAAUGUGGUGAGGAUCAUCAAUGAGCCCACGGCAGCUGCCAUUGCAUACGGACUGGACAAAGGUAAAAAAGGAGAGCGCAACAUCCUCAUCUUUGACUUGGGAGGUGGCACCUUUGAUGUGUCUAUCCUCACCAUUGAAGAUGGCAUCUUUGAAGUGAAGGCCACAGCAGGAGACACCCACUUGGGUGGAGAAGAUUUUGACAACCGUAUGGUCAACCACUUCAUCGAAGAGUUUAAAAGGAAAUACAAAAAGGACAUCAGCCAGAACAAAAGGGCCGUCAGGAGGCUGAGGACAGCGUGUGAGAGAGCCAAGAGAACCCUGUCCUCCAGCACCCAGGCCAGCAUUGAGAUCGACUCGCUGUAUGAAGGUAUCGACUUCUACACGUCCAUCACCAGAGCACGCUUUGAAGAGAUGAACUCGGACCUGUUCAGAGGCACACUGGAGCCUGUGGAGAAGGCCCUCCGAGAUGCAAAGAUGGACAAGUCUCAGAUUCAUGACAUUGUUCUUGUUGGAGGUUCCACACGCAUUCCUAAAAUCCAGAAACUCCUUCAGGACUUCUUUAACGGCAGAGAGCUUAACAAGAGCAUCAAUCCCGAUGAAGCUGUGGCUUAUGGUGCCGCUGUCCAGGCAGCCAUCCUGAUGGGUGACACCUCUGAAAACGUGCAGGAUCUGCUGCUCCUUGACGUGGCUCCACUGUCCUUGGGCAUUGAGACAGCAGGUGGAGUCAUGACAGCUCUAAUCAAGCGCAACACAACCAUCCCCACCAAGCAAACUCAAAUCUUCUCAACCUAUGCAGACAACCAGCCAGGAGUCCUGAUUCAGGUUUAUGAAGGUGAAAGGGCCAUGACCAAAGAUAACAAUCUGCUGGGCAAAUUUGAACUGACUGGGAUAUCCCCAGCCCCACGAGGUGUGCCACAGAUUGAAGUGACCUUCGACAUUGAUGCAAAUGGCAUUUUGAAUGUGUCUGCAGUGGACAAGAGUACCGGGAAGGCAAACAAGAUCACAAUCACCAAUGACAAAGGGCGCCUGAGCAAAGAGGAGAUUGAGAAGAUGGUGCAGGAUGCUGAAAAAUACCAAGCUGAGGAUGAGGUGCAGAGGGCAAAGAUAUCUGCCAAGAACUCUCUUGAGUCAUACGCCUUCAACAUUAAGAGCAGCAUGGAAGAUGAAAACAUGAAAGGCAAAAUCAGUGAGGAGGACAAGAAGAAGAUUGUGGACAAAUGCAAUCAGACCAUCUCAUGGCUGGAGAAUAACCAACUGGCUGAGAAGGAGGAAUACGAGCAUCAGCAGAAAGAACUGGAGAAAGUGUGCAAUCCCAUCAUCGCCCAGCUGUACCAGGGGGCAGCGCCAGGAGGGAUGCCCGGAGGCUGUGGUGCACAAGCAAGAGGGGCUUCAGGAGCUUCAUCUCAGGGCCCCACCAUUGAGGAGGUGGAUUGAAAGGACUCAUGUCGGUGUUUUUACUGAAUAAGCGGCACAGGUAAAACAUUGUUUUUCUGAUGGUGGAAAGAGUCGAGUGUGACGUUUGACAAUGAAACAAAUGUUCUUUUAAAAGGACAACUCUUGAGGAUGGGAGAACUGAAACGACCAUGUGACAGAAUUGAAUAACUGAACAAUACUAUUUAUGAGGAAUAAAAGUGUUGAAAUGGACCAGCGACACUUUAGGCCAAGUUAAUCUAUUAGACUGCUGAUGUGGGUCUUCAGACACCUUGUAAUCUUAAUUUAAACUUCAGCUAAGAUUUUCAAUUCCUGUUUUCAAAGUAAAUAGCAGAUCAGAUAUUCAUGGGCUUUCAUUUUACUGACAUUUUUCUGAUGCACAUCUCUGUUGCAGCCUUUAAGUUUAUGUAAAUUAUAUGCACAAUAUGUGUUCUUUGUUAUUGUGAAAAAUAUAUAUUUUUUAAUAAAAAAUGAUAUUGAAAUA